AUGGCCGUCCUCGUUUCGACUGUCGUUGCCGAUACCCAGUAUGCGCUGAACGCCGAUGCCAACUGCCUUAAUAUCUGCUGGGAUGAACCCAGCACAUGCCCUCCUGGUAUGGAGUUAACCCACCUUACUGAAGACUGCUGGACCUGUUGCAGGAGCGAUUAA